GAGGAGGAGAAGGGGGGAGGAAGCUGCAAGAGGUGGUGGAUUAGCAACCACGACCAUCAUCAUCAUCAUCGCUGCCUCGGCUCCUGCUCGGCUGUGGGCUCGGAGGCUCUGGAUGUGAGCGCACGGACGAGUGAAGGGGGCAAAGAUCACGCGAGAGGGGGCGGACGAGUUUGGCGGAAAUUAGGACAUCGUAAGCAACAACAACAAGAAUACAUCUUGUGCUCCCCGCGGCAUGUCCAUGUGGAAGGCACCCACCUUCAGCGUGUUCGAACCCCGCAGCUACGACAACCGUGAAAGUCUGGCGCGCAAGUUUGCAGCGUGGCAGAAUUGCCUGCGAUCGAAUGACAAAGGAGAAGAUGAUGAGGACAUCCGCGCCACGGAAACACAACGACAGACCUCGUACGAUGCGCCUGCUUCCGAACGAGCAGCCGCAUACAGCCUUAACGGCGAGACAAUUCUGGAGGAUGACCCCGGUCCAGGAUCGCGUUUUGACGAGAGUCACCGCAGUUCAGCUACAUUAUAUUCAGACCAUUCAGGCUUGAAUGGUGCACGCUUUGCUGGUGAAAAGUUGCUCCCGUUACAUCCUCCGUGGGACGAGAGAGACAGCACGCGUGUCGUUCACUCCGGCACCGCUCCGUCCGCCGUGAACACCGGGACUUUACCGUUUCGCAAAAGUGGCAUUGCCCAGAUUCCCACGCAUCUCCCGCUCGAUUCCUCCGCCUCUGCCAAGAACGAGACACGAUGGCACGGCAUCGACUCCGACUAUGAGCAACGUCUUUCCCAGGGGCAUGCCGGAGAGCGAUCGCUGCACACGAGUUGGACAAGAACACUUGUGCCUCGAGUGCCCGGAAGUUUUGAGCAGCUGCUAAAUUCACAGCUUGAGAAUGCCCUCUCCAAAUUCAGCUCCCUCGUCCCUCUCGAGCCACGAGGGUUUCCCCUGCACAAGAGUAGCUCGCCCGUAGAGACGGAGAGGUCCGCGUAUCGGACAUUCGACGGCUCGUCGGAUGGGAUGUCACUCAUCGCGGGGGAACGCACCGCCCCACCGUGGGAUUACGAGAUGCCAACUGCAGGAGACACGGUGUCUGCACUGCUGGAGUUUGGCAUUGUCCAGGCGCUGCCCCGAGUGACGGCUCUGACAGAGGAGGAAUCUCUCAAGUCCAACUCCCCGGCCGCUCUGCGCAGGGACAUAGACGAUCUGCGCGCCCAGGUGGAGGAGCUGCGAGUGGCUAGCGAGGGGCUCGUGGCAUCGCUGUCUCGUGCCGAGGGCGAGAUCUCCGCUCUUCGCCGCGAGCUGCAGCGCCGUGAUCUUCGUGCGGACGAGGCCGCGAGGGAGAACCGCGCACUCCGGGAGCAGGCGGACCGACUGCAGGGCGGCAAGCAGCCGGGCACCCAAGCCGGACCCCACGAGAUGGCCCUUCUCCAACGGUUUGCAAGCCAAGGCACAGAGGUGCACACCAACCCUGACUUCUCUGCGUGGGAUGGUGCGCUGCUCCCGCCGGAGUCACGUUCCGCCCUCACGUGCGCGUCCCCGGCGUCGGUGGCCAGCAGCGACCUGACGGACGAGCUGCUCACGGGCUUCGAGGUCACGGAGGGCGGCGCGGAAGCCGGGCCGUGUCGAGCCGACGCCGCGUCGUUUGCCGACAGCAGCGUCCGGGCGGGGUACCUGGUGCCGCUGCCAGCCAUCAGAGUUCCCGGGUCAGAGGUCACGAGGGUGCUCCCCCUUGCCCAGAGCAGGGCCCGCUCCGCCGACAACGUCUCGUCGUUCUCGUCGCCGUUGCCCCGGGGAUGCCCGGCCCGAAGCGAGUCGGUCAACACGCUGGCCGGUUCGGCCUCCAGCCGCUUCAACACCCCUCUGUUGGCCAGCCGGUUCACGGGCGAUGCGAGCUGCCGCGGCCGCCCCUUCGCCCCUCGCUCGGCGAGCGACCUGCGCGUGGGUCACAGGGUGAAGUUCACGCGCUCGGGCGGGCGGGUGGCGCACGGUGCCGUCAAGUACGUGGGCUGCCUGCCUGGGCGCGAGGGCUCCUACCUGGGCGUCGAGAUCGAGGGGGACGCCGAGCCCAACCGCCACGACGGGGAGUACGACGGGCGCAGAUAUUUCCGCUGCAAAAUCAACAGAGGCAUAUUCAUCACAUUUAGCCGGGUGAUCAUGGCGUGGGAGUAAGGUGGGAGGGAAGUCGCUCUCCUCCGUGCUCGCUGUCGUCACGUGGCACGCCAAGUCUCCCUCGGCAUCAGCGUUUGCGGAUUUACUCGCCACGCGACGAAUCUCAACAGCUCCGUGAAUUCAGGACCCGAGCGACGGCAUCGCUCCCACUGCUUCUGCGACCUCCGCCCCGCAACAACGCGUUAUUAACUGCACGGGGGUUAUUAUUAAGUAGGGGGGGGGGGUUACUUUUGAGAUGGUGAUUGGUGGUCUCUCGCAAACAGUAUUUGACAUUCAUGGUAUAACAACUUCCCUUGAGCUUUACCUUCAGUAGAUUGAGGUCAUCAUUUGGAGGCGUAACGAUUAAAUGUGCCUGGUGAUUUGACAAAUUGUUUCGAUUCAGGGCCAUGACUCGAUAAUAUUUUCAGUUGGCCUAAAUUUCGUCCCGAAUUGUGCUCUCGGCAUUGUGCUGUGAGAGAUGAAGUAUUCAUUCGGAUCCCUUGCAGAGCAGUUGCAACUCGUGGUAGAAGAGGCACGGCCCAUGCAAGCGGAUAUCAUCACAGCUACCUCCGAAAUCUCUUUCAAGCGAAAUUUGGUCCUCGCAGCAGAGGGCAGCAUAUCCCUAUCCUCACUACCACGAAGGAGAGCGUUACUCAAUUGGGACUAUACAGAGCAAAACUAAUUGCAAAUGAGACUAUCCUGGGUUUUUUUCCGGGGUAAACAAAACAACGAAUAUCUGCCGCAUGACAAUCAAACUAAUGUUUUUGCUUUUAUUCUCAGAGGUGGAAAAGUUGCCAAAUUAAGAGCAAAACCAAAUGUAUCACGAUGGGGGUUUUGUGUAGUUACUGGCUACUUGGGGUAAGCCCAUUAUCUCAAUACACAUGAAAACCCAGUUGAAACACAGGCAGCUACUUGGAUUUGAACCCAUGAUCUCCGUGGUACUCUGACAUCUGAAUCACCUGGUUAAAUUUAGUUUAUACUUUGAGGUGAAUGGUAGCACGACAAAUGGUUGCAUGGGGUGGUCACAUGAACAAACGACAAAAACAAAUUAAAAAAAACCUCCCUCGCUUCUUCACCAAUGUGAUGUACAUAUCGCAAGCUGAAGCAGCAGCAUUAAUCAAAUAACCGAUGCAUCAUUCCACCACUAAGUUAAGCCAUCUCAAUUGCAGUGAAUUUUAAAAAAAGUCUCAAAUAUUUACCAACACCACACGGGGUCUGAAUGCCUGGCCAGUUUCAGAGGCAAAGAAUGCAACUCUGUGCGUUGUCACCAAACUUUGUGUGCACAUGCUACUUAAAAAAAUAGCGCCACAAGAGCUGGCCUUUUGUGCGUUCAACCUCAGCAGAGGAGUGUUACGAAAAAAAGGCACGCUCAUACAAAAAAAUGUGUUACGAGAUUAAUUAAAAAUUUCUGGAAAGUCUUAUUUAGCACGUGAAAGUGCCUCCCCAAAAACACGCAAUAAAUGUCAUGAAAUGUGAGCGGCGGGGCAGAGGUGAGCGCGGUGCGCUCCAAAGCCAGCAACCCAAACACGAUUCGCAGCCACGGCUAACAUCAGUGGCGAGUGAUAACUGAACCCCCCUCCGCAUUCCCCAACCCGCACUGACCAGCGUGGUGAAGUAUGGUUAAACAACUCUCAUGAAUGUCAUGGCUUGGGGAAGACUUUCAACCAGCACUGACAAAGGACUGAAAAGGCUCCCUUAUUUAGUAUGAAAGUGAACUGAACUUAUUUAAAACGGAAAUCUGGAUUGCCGCACCCUUGUCAUAUUACGUCCCAUGUGAUGAAAGCGGCUGAUGCUAUUAUACAUUUUAUUACACGCUAUAUACCACAGUUGUUGCACACAAGUGAUGUGAUGACAUAUAGCAGUAAACACUGUGUAGAAUCCAGCAUGGGGGGGGGGGGGGGGG